AUGAGUGAAAAUUUGGAGUCAAUCCCAUAUCUUCGUCGUAGCGUACAAGAGGCAUGUUCAAAUGAAGGAAGUGAGCACGACUGCGGCUAUUCACAGCUAGCUCCUAAUGUAGAAAAAAUAUUCCCUGACGCUGCCCCUAUGGAGGAUAAAAUGUGUCGUAUAUGCUUUGCCGGUCCUGAAGAAGAAGAAAGUCUCGGUCGUCUUAUUUCUCCAUGUUUAUGUAAAGGGACUAUGAGGAAGAAGUCGAGUUUUUUUCAAUGUGACGAAUGUAAAUAUAAAUAUGCUUUUCGAAGAACAACAAUUGCAAAAUUCGCUACUAAUGAAUUUAUUCUUACGUUUGUCACUUUAACAUUGUUCGCUUUUUGUGUAUUUAUUGGUGGUUUUCUUGCAAAAUUUCUUCUUUACCUUUACCCUGUUGCCGAUUUUGGCGAGGAUUACAUUGCUGAUGAAUUCAGAUAUGCCCCAUUAUUUCGUGAACCUAUGGAAUUCUCAAAAAUAUUCAGAAUUGACUACGUUCACAUAUUAUUAGGAUUCAUGUUUGUAGGAUUUGUAGGGUUUGUACAAUUAUUGUUCUCAUUAAUGUGGUUUGGUCCUUUCAGAUUUGGUCCAACAGGUGGUGCAACUGCUGGUAGACGUGGUGUGGAUGGAAUCACUGCUGUUUUUUUCACAAUUAUUGUUGCUGUAGGAAUUCUUAAAGCUGUAUAUGGGAUGUAUAAAUUGGUCAGAAGUGCAAGUCGAAGGAUCUUGGAAAGGGUUGAGUUGACAAUUUUGGAAGUUAAUGAGCGGUGA